CUAAAAAUUCGAGCAAGUUUACACAAAAAAUACAUUUUUGGAGUCGUUAAACUUCGCUUGCAAGAGAUUGGGUUAUGUCUUCUGACGCACAUCCUGAAUAUAUAUUAUAUUUAUAAACAUUGCAUCCUAAACCCUAAAGGGCUUUCAUCUUUUUCCAAGUAGUUCAAGUUUGAGAAAAACAAUGAGUAAGAAGAAAGAUAUGGCAAUUGACUUUCAAGACAAUAUGAUAUUACUUACGCGAAAAUAUUUGAAGCGUAGAAUAAUGUGCCCUGAAACUAAGUUUAGACAUCAUGUUAAGGAACGAUUACAUGUGUUUGAUUUAGUGAAACGUACUGUUGAAAUGGGUGAAAGCAAUUCUGCUUUGUUAGUAGGACCCAGAGGCAGUGGAAAAACGACGCUUAUCAAUAGCGUUUUAAAAGAAUUAUCAGGUUUAAAAAGCUUUCAAGAUAAUGCGUUAAUAGUGAAUCUUCAUGGACUAGUUCAUACUGAUGAUCGUUUAGCACUAAAAGAUCUAACUCGUCAGAUGCAAUUGGAAAAUGUAGUUGGUGAUAAAGUUUUUGGCACAUUUGCAGAAAAUCUAAGUUUCCUCUUAGAUUGCCUGAAAUCUGGUGAUAAGAAACGUUCAAAACCAAUCAUUUUUAUACUUGAUGAGUUUGAUUUGUUUUGUGGACAUCACAAUCAAACAUUAUUGUAUAAUCUAUUUGAUGUUGCUCAGUCUGCACAGGUGCCAAUAUGUGUAUUAGGAAUAACCUGUAGAUUAGAUGUUGUGGAGUUACUGGAGAAGCGAGUCAAGUCGAGAUUUUCACAUCGCCAAAUAUUCUUGUUUCCUGGCGAUACAUCAUCCUCGGAACAGCCUAUGUCCGCAUUUGAUGAUCGUCUGGAACUUUUUCAAAAUCUUCUCAGUUUACCUGAUGAUGAGAACGUAAAUAAAGUUGAGCAACAAUAUGAUGAUUGUACAAUAGAUCCACAAUUCGGUUCUAUGUGGAAUGAUUAUAUUAAGAGUUUAACUAGCAAUGUUACAAUGGUGAAUUUACUUAAGAGAAUGUAUCAUAUCGAUGUAAGUGAGAGGAGCUUUAGAAAUUUUCUCGCAGUCGCCGUUUCGACGUUAUCCGAAAAGCAUCAGAAAUUGGAAGUCAAUGAUUUUGUGGAAGCGAGUAAAAUCUUUUCAGAAGAUGAUAAAUUGUUGAUGCUUGAGGGAUUAUCCAUUUUGGAAAUGUGUUUAGUCAUAGCAAUGAAACACGAGACAGAGAUUUAUGAUGGUGAGCCAUUGAAUUUUGAAGCGGUCUAUAAUCGCUAUAUUAAGUUUACACAUCAGAAUUCCUCUAUACAAUCUGUCCAAAAACCAGUUAUCAUGAAAGCUUUCGAGCAUAUCAAGAAUUUAGAAAUUUUGGUACCAGUUGGAAACACGAAUACAAAAUUUGAAAAGGAAUAUCAGUAUUACAAAUUUACAUUAACAUCGCAACAAGUUAUGGAUGCUGUGAAAAAUUAUCCAGGCCUCCCUACAGAAGUUUCGCAGUGGGCGUUAAGCAGUAUAUAAUAAUGAUAUAGUCACAAGCUAAUAUAUACUCAACCUAUUGUGUUCCAUAAAAUUACACAUAUUACAUGUAAUUGGUAAGUCUUUUCUUUAAUAGUCUAUUUCAAAGUAGAAUUUUGUAGAACAAAUUUAGAUAUUACAAUACUUUAUAAUGCACUUAUAUAGAUAGUAUACCACACACUACACAUACAUAGAGUAAUAUAGAAAACAAUAAUUAAUUUUUUAGAUACACAUUUUGAACAUAAUUAUUGAAUAACUUUUAAAUAACAAUUGUCAUACUUUUAAAUAACAAUUGUCAUAAAAAUGAAAUGAUAUUUUAUGAAAAAAAUUAGUAAAAUACGCGGAAUUUUACUUAUGCAUUAUGUAAAUCUGAAAAAGGUAUGAUAUUCUAGUCUAACAUUUCCAGAAUAUUCACAAAUUCUUUCAUUCAUACAUAUAUAUCCAGUUAAGUUUUUUAAAAUCAAUCUAGAAAAUUUUAAAGUAUUACUUAACAGAAAAUUGAGAAUAUUAUAUAAGCAUAAUAAAAUUGUAAAUAUCUUUCACAUGUGCCAGUACAAUAUCUGAAAACGAAAAAGGAUUUGGUAUUUUGUGAAUAUAUACUGAAUGUGGUCUUCAGUGAUAAUUCCUGCCAAUAUAUAAACGAAGUAGAGUAAUCUGAUGUAUAAUCGUCUUCAAUAUAUGAAAUUAUGAAGACACAAAUAUUUAUGGAAAUAUUUUAUUUCCUGUAAUAAUGAGCAUUAAUAUAAAUAUCAAGAAUAUAAUAAUGAUUAUAAAUAUUAUCUUACCGGGAAUAAUAAUUAAUAUCAUGAUUAAUUAAAGUUAUUUAACUGAAAAGAUAUCCGUGCCAUAGGCUAUGUUAAAAUUCAGUUUGUCUGUGAUUUUUCUCAUGUCCAUUUAUCUUUGUAUCGUAUGUGCGUGCGUGUGUAUGUGCACGAUCAAUAUUUAUUUGCGUGAAUGCGUAAGAACUUAAAAAUAUUUAUUAAAGGAUGUGUCUUCCGUACACACAUUUUACGGAUUAUAUUAGAGAAUGUGCGACGAAAUUAGAAAUUAGUGCACGUGUAUAUGUUUAUACAUUUGUAAUAAAUUUACAUCCGAUGAAAUAUC